CGCGUGGUUCGGUGAAGCCGGUGGUUGGGGUGCUGAGGAAAGCUGUAGUGGGAGUGUUCGAACGUUCGCUUGUAUAUAUAAAGUUGAAGUUUACUGCUAAGGAUGGCAGACCCAGAUGUCCUCACUGAGGUUCCAGCAGCAUUGAAGAAGUUAGCUAAGUACGUGAUCCGGGGGUUUUAUGGCAUUGAGCAUGCCCUGGCCUUGGACAUCCUGAUCCGAAAUCCCUGUGUGAAAGAAGAGGAUAUGCUGGAGCUGCUCAAGUUUGAUCGGAAGCAACUUCGAUCCGUUUUGAAUAAUUUAAAGGGAGACAAAUUCAUCAAGUGCAGAAUGAGAGUAGAGACUGCUGCAGAUGGGAAAACCACUCGCCAUAACUAUUACUUUAUCAAUUAUCGUACUCUUGUUAAUGUGGUAAAAUACAAAUUGGACCACAUGAGGAGGAGGAUUGAAACCGAUGAAAGAGAUUCCACCAACAGGGCUUCCUUCAAAUGUCCUGUGUGUAGCAGUACGUUUACAGACCUAGAAGCUAAUCAGCUCUUUGAUCCCGUGACAGGAACUUUCCACUGUACAUUUUGUCGUACAGAAGUAGAAGAGGAUGAAUCAGCAAUGCCCAAAAAAGAUGCACGCACACUUUUGGCAAGAUUUAAUGAACAAAUUGAACCCAUUUAUGAAUUGCUUCGACAGACAGAGGAUGUGAACUUGGCCUAUGAAAUACUUGAACCAGAACCCACAGAAAUCCCAGCCUUAAAACAGAACAAGGAUCAUGCAACAACUACUGCUGGAGCUGCUGGUCUACCAAGUGGGCACCACCGGGAAGCAUGGACUACCAAAGGCCCCUCCUAUGAAGACUUAUACACGCAGAAUGUCGUCAUUAACAUGGAUGACCAAGAAGAUCUUCAUCGAGCCUCACUAGAGGGGAAAUCUGCCAGAGAGAGACCCAUUUGGCUGAGAGAAAGCACUGUCCAAGGGGCGUAUGGCUCUGAAGACAUGAAAGAAGGUGGCUUAGAUAUGGACGCAUUUCAAGACCGUGAGGAAGGCCGUGCAGGACCUGAUGAUAAUGAAGAGGUCAUGCGAGCACUGCUCAUUCACGAGAAAAAGAGUUCCUCAGCUGCAGCAGGCUCCGUGGGGGCAUCUGCUCCUGCUAACGCUGCCAACGGCAGUGACUCUGAGAGUGAGACCAGUGAGUCAGACGAAGACUCUCCACCCCGUCCAGCAGCUGUGACAGUGCAUCAUCAGGAAGAGGAUGAGGAAGAUGAUGAGUUUGAGGAAGUAGCAGAUGACCCUAUUGUCAUGGUGGCUGGCCGUCCAUUCCCCUACAGUGAAGUGAGCCAAGGGCCAGAGCUGGUGGCUCAGAUGACACCAGAAGAGAAGGAAGCAUACAUAGCGAUGGGACAACGCAUGUUUCAGGACCUCUUUGAGUGAUCUUUCCCUCCACUUUCCUCUUUCCAGUACUCUUUAAAAAAAAAAAAAAGAUACUUCCAUCUUUAAAAAAUGGAGUAUGUGUCUGUUUGCCCUGUUAAUGUAAAGUAACUGUUAUCUUUAUUUUGAGCAAAGAAUAAUGGGAGAGGAAGUCUGAAUUUUGUACCAAAAGUUUCCUAGCAAGGCAGGUUUGCUGUAAGCAUUUCUUUCCCUGCUACUGUUACAGUAUUCAUAUUUUACUGUAUUUGCUGAUUUGUUGUUUGCCCUUUGCUAAGACACAUUUUUCUGCCUUUUCAAAUCAGGGACAUCUAUAGAGUAAAUUUACUAUGUCUUACAGAAACCUACUACAAUAAGUUACAUCGGUCACUGGUUACAUCCUUUUAUGUGUUCCGACCAACCAUUCCAAACAAUUCUUUAUAUUGCUUUCAGCCAAAGCAGCUUGCAUUGAACAAAUCAUUGACAAGGGGAAAAAUCGUAUUCCUCCAAAUUAAGGUCAGGUUCAAUAUGAAGGGGAGGGUGGGGGAGUGUGUUUGAAAGAGGGAUUGCUGUGGCUGAAUCUCAUGAUCAGUGUCUAAACUGGAAUUUGUGUCUUUAAAACUGAUCAGACUGGUAGAUUCUGUUAUUUCACAUAAUGCCUUUCAUUUUGGACCUUGGGUGGUAGAAAAGAAGAUAUUUUAGUAAAUACCUCUGAACAAAUUAGAAAAAACAUUUUGAUAGGAUAAGGAGUCCACUGUUAAGGGUUGAAGAUUUUCGAGUAUUGGAAUAGUGCCUUAGAACUGCUUGGGCUGGUUCUCAUUGGGGAAUUCUUUAAUCUGAAACUGAGACUCGUUCUGUAACUUGACUUUUCUCUAUUUCUACAGACUUCCCGUCAGUGCUUUAAAUUGUUUAAUGAGACCAUUCCAGAGCUGAGCAUAGAAUAAUGGAUUACCCUUUCCUUGCUCACAUAUGCUCUCUCUAAACACCUUUGAAGGCUUGCUUUGUCUUGAUUCUUGUCAGACAUGGCAUUUCAGAGUGUAGCUACUCUAUUGUUAAGCACUGUAACCUCAAAAAAUAGAGUUUCUUUGGGUUUCUGAUGUGUAGCAUGGUAUUAUUCCUAAGGCAAAACUUUAAAAAUGAAGAACUUGCAUACAAGAAUUUAUGACAAUUGUCUUUUUAAUAAUAUUUUCCUUACGUUGUAAUAAUUUUUUUUAAGUAUUUAUCAUUUUAUUGUAUGUGAAUGAGAUAGCAUUUUGGAGUAUUUGAGUCCUGUAUGAAGUGAUAUUUCAUUUACCUGUGUUGUAUUAAUGAAUGAAUAUUGACAGGUCUGUGUUAUACUGACUGAAAUUUGUUCAUUUCUAACUCUGUAACAUCUUGAAGUAUAAUUAAAAUGAAAACUCUGCCUAUUAAAAAGUUUUAAAAGAC